AAUGACUUAGUCAUAGAUAGUCCAAGAGAAAAACAAAAGAGGUGAAUAAAAACAAAAUGGAAUCAAGUCAUGUAGUAUCCAUUACAAAUAUUGAAGAAGAAGAAAACAACAACAAUAUAACUCAAAUGAAGAAAAAUAAAACCAUUGUUCCAAUUACUUCCUAUCCAAGAGACAACAAAAAUAAUAAUAAGCAGAAAAAAAGUGAGCAAGACAUCAAGAAAUUGAUUCAUAGUACCAAAGUUGGAAUCUCACUUGUUUUGGUUUCUCUUCUUUAUAUUUUGAAUCCUCUUUUUGAUCAAGUUGGUGAAAAUGCAAUGUGGGCUAUCAUGACUGUUGUUGUCAUCUUUGAAUUCAAUGCAGGAGCUACACUUGGAAAAGGGUUCAACCGUGGAAUAGGGACUAUUGUAGGAGGAGGAUUGGGAUGUUCAUCUGCAGUAUUGGCACAAAAAAUUGGAGGAGUUGGUAACUCAAUAUUCAUUGGAUCUUCAGUGUAUAUUCUUGGAUCAUGUGCUACAUAUUUUCGAUUUGUUCCAAGAAUAAAGAAGAGAUAUGAUUAUGGAGUAGUGGUAUUUAUGUUAACAUUUAAUCUAGUAGUUGUGUCUGGAGCAAGACCUGGAUUUAAGGUUUGGGAGAUAGCAAGAGAACGUUUGUUGAAUAUUUUGAUGGGAUUCAUAGUUGCAAUUUGUGUGAGUUUGUUUGUUUUUCCAACGUGGGCCAGUGAUGAACUUCAUGAUUCUAUUGUCGAAAGGUUUCAUGAUCUUGCUAAUACAAUUCAAGGUUGCUUAGAGGAAUGUUCAAAAUCAGUCAAAGAAAAGGAAAAUCAACCAGAUACCAGCUUCACAGUUUGCAAGUCAGUGUUGAACUCCAAGUCAAAGGAUGAAUCAUUGGCUAAUUUUGCAAAAUGGGAACCUUGGCAUGGAAAAUUUGGAUUUUCCUACCCAUGGGAAAAGUACUUAAAAAUUGGAGAAGUUCUUAGAGAACUAGCUGCACUUAUUCUUGCAUUACAAUGUUGCAUUCAUUCCUCAAAAAAGCCCACAGCAUCUUUGAAGCAGUGUGAAACAAUUGGGUCAAAGGUUGUAUGGACUCUACGAGAAGUUGGAGAUAGCAUGAAACAAAUGAGAAAAUGUGAAGAAAGGGACAACAUUAUAACCAAGUUGAAAACAACAAGAGAAGAGUUGAGUUUGGUCAUUUCAACUUCCAUGAUUGAAGAAUUUGAGAAUGAUGAAAGGCUAGCAAUUGCAAGUUUGGUGUUUUUGCUUAUGGAAGUGGUGGAGAAGGUAGGUGAGUUGGUUCUAGAGGUUGGAGAACUUCAAGAUGUAGCGGGUUUUCGUACCCGAGUAACUUCAGUGUCUACGUAGAUGCAUUAUAAAAUCGACUGUAAUGAAUCUCGAUUCAUAAAUGCAUCAUAAAAUUGGCCUUAGAGAAUUUGGGUUCAUAGUUGCAAUAUAAAAUUGGCCGUAGAGGAUUUGGGUUUUUGAGAUGCAUCAUAAAAUCGAUAGAGGAUUUGGAUUCGUAGGUGCAUUAAAAAUUGGCCAUAGAAAUUUAGGGUUCGUAGAUACAUCAUAAAAUCGGCCGUAAAAGAUUUGGGUAAUAUGUGUAUAUACUAAGUUAUUGUUAACCACUCAUAAUUUUGGAUAAUAAAAUAGAAAUGGAAUGAGCUUGAGUGUAUUACUAUCCAAUUUUUAAGUAAUAGACUUAAAUGUCUUUGUA